AUGCCAACGCGAAGAUGUUCGUACGCACAACAGCAGGAUGAAAUCCUAUGUGAACACUAUGGAGACGUGCAAGACUGGGACUGCGAGGCUGUGACAAAUAGGGGAUUCUUCACUGCAAGCACGGAAGGAGUAGCUGACCAUCAGUCUGAACACUUGCCAACGGAGGCGGACAUUGUCGUUCACUCGGCCGCUAGGGAUGGCUGUGAUGGGGGCUCGCCAGGCUGGCUCCUGCACCACAGACAGAUGUGGCGGUUGCAUCAGAUCGUCGUCUAUUCCGAGUAUGCUGAUGACAAGGCGACAUUGCCGCAAUCGGAAGUGGCCAAGAUCACGGGGUUUCGCCCCGCCCACGUGGGCGGUCUGAUCUUUGCGGCCAACCCUCUUCCAGGAAAGGGAAAACUAGCUGCAGAAAUUCGUGUUAUUGGUAAGAUCGACGCCUUCUUCGAGGAUCAAGUGUGGAAGACCGCUAUCGACCAGGUCAAAGCCCUCAAGUAG